UUUAGUACAAAUAAAAAAAUUUGUUUGGAAAAUUAUGAGUUAUCAGUUAUCGAUGAGCUUGACUUGCAAUCCGCAUGGGCAUUUCUCACUCUUCUACACGUCUUGGCCGUUACCUAUUGGAUUUCAAAAGGUUUUCGUUUCAAUUUCGUAUUACAACAACGGUUCAAAUGCAUUGACAAUAAAUGUGGCUGCGAAACUACUGUUAUAAACGAACAGACGAUUCCUGUUACUGUUCUAUCGGUUCAGAAUUUUAUAAUAAUGGAUAUAAAUUGUGGCGUGGAAACAUUAUGCUCAAAACUGAAAGGCGAAUGUCCACCUGUUGAAAUAAUUAAUCUUAAAACAAAGAAAAAAUUAAAACGAGUUGUCAAAGAUAAAAGUUUAAAUGAAAAUUCUUCAAACUCAAAAAUCAAUGAAAACGUGAACUUAAGAAAAUUGCAAAAUGAAAUAUUUAAAUUUACAACUAAUUUUGAUAGCCGAAAUUCCAAAGCAAAAGAACAGCUCGCUAUUAAAUUAGGAGCAAAACCUAGAAAAAAAGAGAAUAUAAAUUAUAAACUAUUGAAAGAAAAACUACGUAAAGAUGCUGAAACUAAAAAAAAUCAAGAAAAACUUUUUCAAUUGCCGAAAACUAUGGUGAGGACAUCAAAAACUAAUAAGAGACCAAUAAUGAAAAGAAAUAAAUUAUCUAAUGAUAUUAUAAAAAACUAUGGAAAAAUAAAAAAUAAAAAAUAAAAAUUUUAA